AGAUCAGGGAAGGUGGGAGGGCAAGAAGGACAAAAUGUAGAAAGAAAGAGCACACAGACACAGACUUAACAAGUGAGUGACGUGUUUGGAACUGCACCGGGACCAGCCGGGAAGCACGAUGUCUCGGACAAACAGGAGCCACACGUUUGGAGCUUACGGAGGAGCUGAUAAAAGCUACGCCUUGACCAGAACCUUUUGGAAACAAGAUGGAAGGAUUUCUCGUUUUGCUGAUGAAGUAAACCAGUCACUGCCACACCCCCAAUCACCACUUCCUCUUCCCUCACUUUUAAAGACCUCAGACUUGUUUGCCAUGAUCGAGAGGAUGCAGGGUUGCAGAAUGGAUGAACAAAGAUGUUCCCUCCCGCCCCCCCUCAAAACAGAGGAGGACUACAUCCCUUAUCCCAGUGUUCAUGAGGUUCUGGGUCGCAGAAGUCCUUUUCCACUCAUCCUGCUGCCCCAGUUUGGAGGGUAUUGGAUCGAGGGGACCAAUCAUGAGCCUAAAGAGACACUUGAGGCUGAUCAACCCUCCUGUCCGCCGUCGCACAUCAAACUGGAGACCAACAGCACAGCUAAGAUCUACAGGAAGAAUUUUAUGGGCAAGGAACACUUUAAUUAUUACACCAUCGAUGCCGCAUUGGGACACUUGGUUUUGUCGGUGAAAUAUGAUGUCAUCGGGGACCAGGAGCACCUGCGCUUGAUGCUUCGGACAAAACUAAAAACUCACCAUGAUGUGAUUCCCAUUUCUUGCCUCACCGAGUUCCCCAACGUGGUGCAGAUGGCCAAGCUUGUCUGUGAAGAAGUAAACGUGGACAGGUUUUACCCCGUCCUGUACCCAAAGGCAUCCAGACUCAUCGUCACUUUUGAUGAACAUGUGAUCAGCAACAACUUCAAAUUUGGGGUCAUUUAUCAAAAGUUUGGCCAGACUUCAGAGGAAGAGCUCUUUGGGAACAUGGAAGAAAGUCCAGCGUUUGUGGAGUUCUUGGAGUUUUUGGGUCACAAAAUUGUGUUGCAUGACUUUAAAGGGUUUCGAGGCGGGCUGGAUGUCACUCACGGGCAGACGGGGACCGAAUCCAUCUACACAAAUUUUCACAAUAAGGAGAUUAUGUUCCACGUGUCCACCAAGCUGCCUUACACAGAGGGAGACUCACAGCAGCUGCAGAGGAAGAGACACAUAGGAAACGACAUCGUCGCCAUUGUGUUCCAGGAGGAGAACACACCGUUUGUACCUGACAUGAUCCAGUCAAACUUCCUGCAUGCUUACGUGGUGGUGCAAGUAGAGAACGCAUGUACGGUCAAUGUCACCUACAAGGUAUCUGUGACGGCACGAGAUGAUGUACCUUUCUUUGGACCUGCUCUGCCGGACCCCGCCAUCUUUAAAAAGGGCCAAGAGUUCCAUGAGUUCCUUUUCACGAAGCUCAUCAACGCAGAGUAUGCCUGCUACAAGGCUGAGAAGUUUGCCAAGCUGGAGGAGCGCACACGUUCGGCGCUGUUGGAGACUCUGUAUGAGGAGUUGCACAUCAACAGUCAGUCUAUGAUGGGACUGGGAGGAGACGAUGAUAAGCUGGAGAACGGGGGCGGAGGAGGAGGUGGAGGCUUCUUUGAAUCCUUUAAGCGGGUCAUCCGCAGCAGAAGCCAGUCUAUGGACGCCAUGGGCCUAAGUAACAAGAAGUCACACACAGUCUCCACUAGUCACAGUGGCAGCUUUACCCACAAUCCCGCAGAGAGCCCCAAAACCCCAGGGAUUUCGUUGCUUGUCUCAGGGAAAAGUCCCAGUAAAUUUGGACGGCGUGGCAGUGCCAUAGGGAUAGGAACAAUAGAAGAGUCACUGAUCAUUCCUGGGAAAAGCCCCACCAGGAAGAAGUCUGGACCCUUCAGCUCCCGUCGCAGCAGUGCCAUUGGCAUCGAGAACAUCCAGGAGGUCCAAGAGAGGAGUCGGGAAGUGUCUCCAAGCACCCAGAGGGCAUCGGACCUCAUGUCACAGGAAAACAAAUCAGACAACUCGUCCAGUCACAGCUCUCCAGAGUUUGCUACCACAAAGAACAGUUUGACUAUGUGUUGCAGAGCACCAUCCAUCCCCGAGGCUCAGGACCUUUCCCGCUCCUCCUCCAAUGCCAGCAGCUUUGCCAGCGUGGUGGAGGAACAGGAGAAUGAAGAGGAGUACGACACCGGACUGGAAAGUGUAUCUUCUGCUGCAACACCCAAGAGAGACUCUUUGGUGUUCAGCUCCUGGACAGAGGACAGUGCAUGCAGUGGAAGCCAGGGAAGUUUUCUGGCUUCUCGUCUUCAGCAGCAAUUUGACGGGGUGAAAGAAUCUGAGCCAAAAGUUACAGACAGGCGGAGCAGUGUAGAGCGCCCCCCACAGGAGCACAGGUUGUCAUCGCAUUCCCACAAGAGGCAUCCCUUAUGAGAAAAGAACCGAGGCUUUGAUCUCCACUUGACUCCAGCGCUGAUGCAGAAGAGGAGCAGAGUUGAUUGGCCUGCGUUUGUAUGUUUGUCCUGGAUGUCUGGAUUGGCAGUCAGUCAGCUCCAUGGAUGUAUUUUAUACCUGUCACUCUUAUCCUAACUUCAUGUGGACCACAAAAGGCAAAGAGAAGCGUCCUUCACAGCGUCACUUGCCAUCUUAUCAGGCAGCAUCACUGCCUGCUUAUUCUUCUCACCCGACUCUGAAGAUGUGGGUUUUUUAAUUGUAAACACUCAAAUCUUCUGUCUUCUUUUAAAGAAAAGUUUCAUCUUGGUCCUGAAAUUACAGUGAGAGAAAAUGGGAACUCUCAGAUCGUGGUUCAGUGUGUCCGUUCCGACAGGAAUCACACUAGAGAGAGAAAUUAUUUUUGUUGUCUCACGGCCCACUGUGAUAUUGUACUUGGGCUUAAGUCUAAUGUGUGGUGCCUGCUGGGCCACAGUUUGUGUUUUAUCGGUCCAUUCUCUUCUUCUGAGUAGUUUUGGUAGAUGUUUGUCAGCUUUUGUUACUGCUACAGUGAAAUUGUUGUGUUUUUGAUAGUUUGUCAGAUGUAACAGCCUUCAGUCACCUUUCUGAGAGGUGAGUGAAAAAUUAAACAUGUUUCUAUAGAAAAUGUCUUGAAGAGACACUCCAGAACAUUUCAACCUGGAACCUAUUUUUGGACAGUUUUGUUUGUUUCUUUUGGUUCGACUUUUCAGUCACGGAAAUCUAUAAUAACUGAUUCAGUAUUAAAUUAUAUCGCUAUCAGUCAUAAACAUGUUGCCAUGGGCGCGCACAUUUAUUUGAUUGCAUAUAUGCUGAUGUCAGAACAAACCAAGUUAUAAAAUUUUCUACUGAAAUACAUUCGGAGGUUCACCCAUUAAGUUCUCUGCGUAAUAGCACAUCUUUUGUAUCUGACAGAGCAUCAGUCUCAUUCUGUUUCAUAAGCACGGAGAGCAAGCAGCGUAAUGUUCUACCAUGGUGUUGGUUUUAAAAACAUUUCACACUCUUUCACUUAAAAUAUGCACAGUCUGUUUUUGACAGAUGGUGCAUGAUAUACCCUUCCUACAGACCAAACAAGUAGUGAUUUCCACAAAAAAAUAAGUAUUAUUCUCCUGCUUGUAGAGACAGCGCAGGUGCGUAGCCAGAGAAGUGAGGGGUCAAAAAAGCCACCCACAGUUCCAGAAUUCUCCUUUAAUGUUAAGGUUUGUGAACUCAAAAUCAUAUUAGUAGUUCAGUCAGAAUAAUUAUCUCCAACAUUGUUUAUCGCUGCUAUUAUGUUGACGUUGAAGGGUGGAGACUGGCCUGGCACCAUUCCUAAUACAAAUCCUAGAAGCAACACAGAAACCACUUCUUAUCACAGAGUUGGCAAAAUGUAAUUUAAAGUGUCUGGUAACAUUGAGAGGAUCCCUACAGAGGCAGACAUGUGCAUGUUUACCUCAGUAAAUGUAAAGAAACUAUUUAAAAUAACUAAUUAUACAGGCAGUGACUUACCUUAAGCCCACAAACAGUGCAUUAGUUUGGCCAAAACGGUCCACAAAUACACUACAUCAGAAUCAUUGUGGUUAAUCUUAUCCAUCAGAUGUUAAUCUUUGUAUCUGGUCCACUCACAAGACUUCCCUGUGACAAUACCAUGAUCUUAUCACAUAGUAGAGGACAAUUUAUCAUAAUUCAAUCAACAACGCACACAAUACCAUCAAGACUAUCGUGGUAUAGUACUGCAUAGAACUGAUGCAUUUGUAAAAAAAAAAAAAAAAAUGUAAUCCCAUCUUGACAUGAAUGCCCAAAAAUGUCUUC